CUGGAACCCAAACUAUGUCAAAGUACCUCGAGAUGACACACUUCUCUCCCGCUCCGCUCCGGAUCCGCGCUCCGCGACGCGUUUUGCACGUGACCACGCGCUUCGGUAAAAUGGCUGUGUCUCGCGGAGCCUCGUGCAGGUUUGAUCGGUUUCUCUCUGGCGCUCUCGCUCUCGGUCUGUAAGAGGCCCCCUCCACACACACACACACACACACUCUGGUGUCGGUUAAAUCCAUUCCCGGGACCUUUAUUUAUAUUCUCCUGGAAACUUUUUCCACUCGAGCCGCGUUCGGGAGAGAAGACCGACUCCGGUCUGAAAGUGGAAGGAAUGCUACGGGACGCGGGCUUUAUAACGUCUUCAUAAGAGCGUUGUGUUUAUAUUCAAAGUGACUCGCGGUGAACGAGAGAGAGAGAGAGAGAGAGGGAGAGAGAGAUCAUGGCCGCUCAGGUCGCCACUCUCAACACUAGCCCGCCCGUCGAUCUCAGAAAACCGGAGCGGGAGCCGCAGGACGAGCCGGUGCUCGGAGAGAAGCCGCAGGAGAGCACCGACGCCGGAUCCCCGGGACAGAAGGAGCUGCGCGACGGGGCCGAUGUGGGAAACGCUGCUGCCGGGGGAGGAGGAGGAGGAGGAGCAGGCGAACCUGACAUGAAGAACGGUAACGGGAAUCCGUCCAGGGUGAACAAUAACAAUAGCCAGAAUGAUCCCGACGGGAAUAACCACCCCGGUAUGGCUCCACAACACCCGGCCGCCUUCUCUCCGCCUCCGUACGGCUACAACCAGCACUACAACCGGCCCGCUUUUCAUCAACAUGGCGGACAACAAAGCCCUGGCAUGGCAGGGCCGGCGGGGAUCGACCCAUACCCGCCCAAUUCACACGAGCACGGCUACCAGAACCACUUUAACAACUACAGCGCCUUCCCCAACCGGACUCCGUACCACCAGGGCCAGGGCUACGGCGUGAAUUCCCCGCGAAACAGCCAGCCGCCUUCAGCCGGGGUGCAGCCGGGCAAGCAACCGCCGCCGGGAGGAACUAACGUUAACGUGACGGCCGCUUCCUACAACAGCCAGAGGUACAGCAUGGGGACCCCUCAGCCCACGUCCACGCCGACGCUGAACCAGCUCCUGACCUCCCCCAGCUCGGCCCGGAGCUACCAGAGCUUCCCCGCCGCGGAGUUCGCAGGCCAGGAGGCGGCUGCCAAAGGAGCGGGGGACAUAGGUCAGUACGGCGGGGGGCAUCCAGCCUGGCAACAAAGAAGCCAACACCCCCCUCCCAUGAGCCCUGGAAACACCGGACAAACCCUCAACAGGAGCCAGCCUCCAGGCCCCAUGGACCAGGUGGGGAAAAUUCGAGGGCAGCACUAUGGUGGUGGAAACCCCUACUCUCAGCAGCAAGGGCCUCCUCCUGGCUCCCAACAGGGUCCUCCUUACCCAGGACAGGGUUACGGGCCCUCGGGACCCCAGAGGUAUCCUAUGGGCAUGCAGGGCCGCACUCCCGGAAGCAUGAGCGGAAUGCAGUACGGACAGCAGAUGGGCUAUGGACAGCAUGGCCCAGGUGGUUAUGGUCAGAACCAAGGUGGCUAUUAUGGACAACAGGGCCCUUCACCUCAUGGAGGCCCCCAGCAGUCUCCAUACCCCCAGCAGCCCUCCACUGGAGCAGCCUCUCAGCCCCCUUACUCCCAGCAACCGCCUGGUCCUCCCCAUGGCCAGAGUGGGCCCCCUUACGGGCAACCUCAGGGCCCCCAAGGCCCCCCUCAGGGCCAGCCUCCAUACUCCCAGACUCCACAGUCACAGUCAGGACAGCCACCCUUCCCCCAGUCCCAGGGUCCCCCUCAGUCACAGGGUCCGUCUCAGGGCCAGCUGGGGUCGCAGCCCGGAUACUCGCAACCACCUUCGGCUCCAGGGCAGCCUCCUCAGCAACAGGGACCCUCACAACAGCAGCAGGGCCCGCCACAAUCACAGCCGCCCGGCUCGGCGCCUCCUCAGUCAUCCCAGCAAGCUUCAGGACAGGGUCAGCCCUCACCUUACUCCCAAACCCCUCCACUGCAGUCUCAGCAACAGCAGCAGCAGUCGCCCUUCCAGCGCUUUCCUCCUCCACCUCAGGAGCUGUCUCAAGACUCCUUCAGCUCUCAGUCUUCAGCUCCUUCCUCCAAUCAGCCCAUGGUGUCCGGGAAGGGAGGUCCAGAGGAGAGCAUGCAGGGACGACCUUCCAGCCUACCUGAUCUGUCUGGCUCCAUCGAUGAUCUCCCCACAGGCACGGAGGGUGCUCUGAGUCCGGGCGUCAGCACGUCAGGAGUGUCCAGCAGUCAGGGGGAGCAGAGCAACCCGGCGCAGUCGCCCUUCUCGCCCCACACCUCCCCGCACCUGCCCGGGAUCCGCGGCCCGUCACCCUCACCUGUGGGCUCGCCCGCCAGCGGCCCGGCCUCGCGCACGGGACCCCUCUCACCCGGAGCCUUGCCUGGAACCCAGAUGCCCCCCAGACCCUCGAGUGUCCAGUCGGAUGGUAUGUUACAUUCCUCCAUGGGUCAGGAUAGAGUAUACAUGAGGAACCCUCAGAUGCCGUACGGCUCUCCUCAACCCGGGUCAACUUUAUCCCCACGGCAGUCAUCUGGAAGCCAAAUGCAUAGUGGGAUGGGUUCCUUCCCGCAAAACAACUCCAUGGGCAACUAUGGGCCACAGGGUGGCCAGUACGGACCACAAGGUUACCCGAGGCCUCCGGGUUACGGAGGCAUGCCGAACGCUAACUAUCCGGGUGGUCCUGGCUUGGGCGGCUCCAUGAACCCUAUGGCAGGGCAGGGUGGAGGGGGGCCGUAUGGAGGGAUGCCUCCGGUACGCAUGGGUCCGGGGCAGAUGGGUACGAGGCCGUACGGCCCUGGCAUGGUCCCCAACAUGGGCGGCAUGCCUCCUCAGGUGGCGUCAGGAAUGUGUCCGCCGCCUGGGAUGAACAGAAAGCCUCAGGAUCCCGCAUCAGCGGCGGGGAUGCUCCAUGGCCCAUCCAACUCCAUACACAGACCGCCUGGAUAUCCCAACAUGAACCAGGAAAUGAUGGGAGCCGGGUCUCCGUCUCCGUCUCCGUAUGCCCCGCCCAUGAACAGCAUGCAGGGUAUGAUGAAUCAAGUGGGACCGUACCCCAUGCCCGGAAACAUGUCCAAUAACUCAGCCGGCAUGGCUCCCAGUCCAGAGUUUGGAAUGGACAAACUCAACCAACCUCAGAAGUUGAAUAACAAAGUGGAUGGGACGCCUAAGACCGAAUCGAAAAAGAAAUCCAAUUCCUCUACCACCACUAAUGAGAAGAUAACCCGUCUGUACGAGCUGGGCCCAGAACCGGAGCGCAAAAUGUGGGUGGAUCGUUACCUUGCGUUUGCUGAGGAGAAAGCCAUGGGCAUGACCAAUCUCCCCGCGGUGGGCCGCAAGCCCCUUGACCUCUUCCGCCUCUACGUGUCCGUCAAAGAGAUUGGCGGCCUCACUCAGGUGAACAAGAAUAAGAAGUGGAGGGAAAUGGCCACUAACCUGAAUGUGGGCACAUCCAGUAGUGCUGCCAGCUCUCUGAAGAAACAGUACAUCCAGUGUCUGUACGCCUUCGAGUGCAAGAUCGAGCGAGGGGAAGACCCGCCGCCCGAAAUCUUGAACAAUGACCCUAAAAAGAACCAGGCCAAGGUCCAGCCUCCUUCACCAGCUGGAUCCGGAUCGUUACAGGGUCCUCAGACGCCUCAGUCGACCAGCAGUUCUAUGGCCGAAGGUGGAGACCUGAAGCCCCCUACACCUGCCUCAACACCGCACAGUCAGAUGCCGCCCAUGCCUGGUGCUAGGAGCAGUGUGAAUUUGCAGGACCCGUUUGCUGACGGUGGGGAUCCAGCUUUUUCCAGACGAAACUCUGUGACCCCCAAUUCAGGUUAUCAGCCUGGUAUGGGUGGACCAGACAUGAUGGGCCGCAUGGGCCCUUACGAGCCCAGUAAGGACCCGUUCGGUGGUAUGAGAAAAGCAGGUGAGCAGUUCAUGAGCCCAGGUCAAGGCCCAAACAGUGGCAUAGCUGAACAAUAUAACCGAGGCCCCCCAGGACCUAUGGGAAAUAUGCCGAUGGGUCAAAGACAACAGUACCCAUAUGGUCCAGGAUAUGAGAGAAGACCAGAUUCAAAUAUGGGCCCAGAUGGCAGUAUGGGUCCACAGCCUAACAUGAUGCCUUCAGAUGCAGGGAUGUACUCACCCAACCAGCCCCCACAGCAACAGAGGCUUGAUUCUUACAGUAAUCAAUACCCUGGCCAAGGUGCUUCCCCUAGUGGACCAUACCCAAACCAACAGUCAGGAGUGUACCCACAACAGCAACCGAAUUACACACAGAAGAGACCAGUUGAUGGUGUUUAUGGCCCUCCUGCAAAGCGUCAUGAAGGGGACAUGUACCCUUUCAGUGGUCAGCAGCAGGGACCCCAGGCCCCAGGUGGACCUCAGUCCCAACCUGAUAUGUAUAACCAGUAUAACGCCUAUCCAGGCUCCGACAGACGCCCACCGGGCCCACAGAGCCAGUUUCCUUUCGGUUUUGGGAGAGAUCGAGGACCUAACGCGGGUGGUCCGAACUCCCAGCCCUCCAUGCCACCACAGAUGAUGGGUAGCUCCAUGAGUGGCUCCAUGCCUUCAGGCCCCGAUGGACCCCAAGGUCCCAUGUGGCCUGGGCGUAAUGAGAUGAACUACCCAAACUAUCACAAUCGCCAGGGGCCCCCUGGUGUUCCAUCCCAAAGUCAAGGCUACCAUGGCAUGAAUCGUUCUGAAGACAUGAUGCCUUCAGAUCAGCGCAUGAACCACGAGGGACCUUGGGCUGGCCAUGUUAACCAGCGGCAGCCCCCGUACGGACCUGGAGCCUCUGGGCCACCGAUGGCCAGACCUCUUCAGUCCAACUAUCAAUCCUCCCAGAACCACAUUCCACAAGUGUCCAGCCCUGCACCCAUGCCAAGACCGAUGGAGAACAGGACCUCACCCAGUAAGUCUCCAUACAUGCACACAGGGAUGAAAAUCCAGAAGGCUGGACCUCCAGUUCCUGCAUCACACAUUGCCCAGCCGCCAGUGCAGCCCCCUCUGAUUCGGAGAGAUGUGGCAUUCCCACCAGGUUCAACAGAGGCCACGCAGCCCAUUCUGAAACCGCGUCGUCGGCUUACCAUGAAGGAUAUUGGAACACCAGAGGCCUGGCGAGUCAUGAUGUCCCUCAAAUCAGGCUUGUUAGCCGAGAGCACUUGGGCUUUGGAUACCAUUAAUAUUCUUUUGUAUGAUGACAACAGCAUUUCUAACUUUAAUCUGAACCUGCUUCCUGGCUUCCUUGAGCUCAUUGUUGAGUAUUUCCGAAGGUGCCUCAUUGAGAUCUUUGGCAUCUUGAAAGAGUAUGAGGUUGGCGACCCUGGGCAGCGUACACUAAUUGACCCAGAUGCCAUUGACCCCGAGAUGUCUGAUGAGGAAGGGCCAGAGGCAGAGCAGAUGGAAGAGGAGGAUGAGGAUUACGAUGAAGAUAUAGAGAGCAACACUGUGCAGACGUCACAGGUCCAGGUCAAGCAAGAGAAAGAGGAGUCUACGCAGGUCCAAAAAUCCAGUGACAAGAAUGAUGUAGAAGAGAGGGAAGGCGAGGAUAAUUCUUGCAAAGAUCAUUUCCGAUCAUCCACCCCAUUGCAGGACACCAGUGCCUCCCAGGAGAAGCCAAAGCAGGCUAGUAAAUUUGACAAGCUUCCCAUCAAGAUAUUGAGGAAAAAAGACCCGUUUGUGAUUGGGCGCACUAGUAAAUUGGGUCGGCGACAAGCCUUUGAUAGCGGUCUUAUCCAUUGGAGUGUAGGUGGUGGCGACACCACAGAGCACAUACAAACCCAUUUUGAGAGCAGGAUGGAGCUCUUGAAACAUCGGAAACGGGUGCCAGUGAAUGUCGAGCCAUGCAAGAAGGUGUCUCAAGUAGUGGAGACCGUUACAGAGGAUGCUGAGAAGCCUCAGACAAACGAAGAGCAUCAGCAAGUACAACCUCAGCCAUCCCCAGACCAACCAUCGUCCGAAGGUAAAAGCACUACAACAGCAAGCACGUCGAUGAGUAUAACGGCCACCAUCGAUGACGUACUCUUGGCUCGGCAAGGCUCUGUGACGGAGGAAGCGGUCCGAGGCAACCAAGAUGGCGACAAGGAGAAUAAUACGUUUCUCUUUGGCAUUGACCUUGCGCAACGGAGUCGUAAUAUCAAGAUCUUAGAGGACGAGCCGCACAGCAAAGAUGAGACCCCGCUCUGCAUGUUCUCGAAUUGGCAGGACUCUCUCGCUCGCCGCUGCAUCUGCAUUUCCAACAUCAUUCGCAGCCUUUCCUUCAUUCCUGGCAAUGAUCUGGAGAUGUCGAAGCAUCCAGGACUUUUGCUGUUACUUGGCCGGCUGGUGCUGUUGCACCACUGGCAUCCUGAACGCAAGCAGGCCCCGGUUACCUAUGAGAAAGAGGAAGAGGAAGACGAAGGGGUCAGCUGCGAGCGAGACGAGUGGUGGUGGGACUGUCUCGAGGUUCUGCGGGAAAACUGCUUGGUCACGUUAGCGAACAUCUCAGGCCAGCUGGACCUGUCCAUCUACCCUGAAAGUAUUUGCCUGCCGCUGCUGGAUGGCCUGCUCCACUGGGCCGUGUGCCCUUCGGCGGAAGCCGUCGACCCUUUCCCCACGUUGGGGCUCAACGGGACACUGUCUCCCCAGAGACUUGUCCUGGAAACCCUCAGCAAGCUUAGCAUCCAGGAUAACAAUGUUGACCUCAUUCUGGCUACGCCGCCUUUCAGCCGCCUUGAGAAGCUCUACGGCUUCCUCGUGCGCAUGGUCGGCGACCGCAAAGUGCCCGUCUGCCGGGAGAUGGCGGUGGUGCUGCUAGCGAACCUGGCGCAAGGCGACAGCGUCGCGGCCCGGGCUAUCGCUGUGCAGAAAGGCAGUGUUGGAAACCUUCUUGGCUUCUUGGAGGACAGUCUUGCAGCCACCCAGUUCCAACAGAGUCAGGGCUCGUUGAUGCACUUACAGGGUCCGCACUUCGAGCCCACUAGUGUGGACAUGAUGCGGCGGGCGGCACGUGCCCUGCACGCUCUUGCCAAAGUGGAAGAGAACCACUCGGAGUUCAGGCUGUAUGAGUCACGGCUACUGGACAUAUCGGUGUCCCCGCUCAUGAACUCUUUGGUGUCCCAUGUAAUCUGUGACGUACUUUUUCUGAUUGGCCAGUCAUGACAGCCGUGGGGGUGAUCAUGUUUUUCCCCCACUCGUUUUUUUUAAUGUGUGUGUGUGUGUGUCUGCGCGAGUGGAGAAAAUUUAACAGUGAAACUGACUGACUGUAUGUUCAUUUUUUUUUAUUUAUGCAAAAUCACCUCAGAUUCCACUGUUUGUCCUUGUCUACCCUUGCUUCGCUCUCAAGGACGGAUAUAAGUCGCGACGGAUUUAACACGUAUGGAUAAGAAUUAAACUAACACGGAUGUGCCGAUCGAGAUCCUCGCCUGCAAGAGUGUGCUGCCCUUUGGACUUUUUUUGUAAGGAAAAAUAAUGACAAAAAGACAAAAAAACAAAAACAAAACUGUAACCAAAGUUGCUGUCACGUUUACAGUGAGUUUGGGGAAAAACCGUGCCCGUGUUCACCUUCUGGGUGAGGAUGGGCACGGAGACGACCAUUAUCUGGUUCUUGGAGGCUAAAUGGACUCUCAACUCUGGUGUGUGGUAUAAAUUGCUGUAACUUGGAUUAUAUAUAUACUUAGCCCUAAAGGAACCAGGUCGUUGGCUGUGAACAGACAUGUAAAUGGGAGGCCUGUGCAGUAGAUUGUAGGACUUUUUUCUGUACUGUACACCUUUAAACUGUAAACAUACUGUAACAAUACUGUUUCACACUGAGAUAAUGCUGGCUUGGCAGCGAAAAAACUGUAGUUUUUAAAAAUGAUGAUUUUAGUUCAUGUUGAGAGAGGAAAAAAUGGCUUUCCCCCCAAAGUAACGUGAACCUACAACACCCCGACCUCUUCUUUGUCCCUCGAUUGUAUGACUUGACCCUUCAAGAAAUCACCUCUUAGGACUGGUCUUGAGCUCUAGAUGCAGUCCAGGCUGCAGUGUAUAUAAUGAUGUUGUAAAUUACACUUUGCUCUUUUUCUCUCUCUCUCAUCUUAUGGCGCUCUUCACCGUUUUUAAUCUUUGACGAAUUAAAGGUUUCACUCUACAGAUCUCUCA